AUGUUCUGGUUCGAUAGAUGGGCUGGGGACUUGCCCCUCGCGGCCCGUUUUCCCAACCUGUUCUCCAUCGCGGUUGACUCGCGGAUCUCUGUCGCGACGGCCCUUAUUGACCUAGGGCAACUCGCGUUCCGGAGAGCGUUUGGCCCGGCCGAGAACGCUGAUUGGCAUGAGCUGCUGGAAUGCAUCGCGCUACACGAGCCUGAUCUUGAGUUAGGAGAUGGCCGUUCCAGGUGGCAUCUAGAGCCAUCUGGGCAAUUCUCCACUAAAUCUCUAUACCAGGCCAUCGCACCUUCAUUGGGUCAUGAGGCGCUCACCACCAUCUGGGAGAUCCGGCUCCCCUUAAAGAUUAGGAUAUUCUUGUGGCAAUGGAUUCGCGGCCGCCUCCCAUCCGGCGUGGAGGUCCUGAAACGCAACAACCCAGGUGAUGGGCAGUGCCCGCUCUGCGGGCCUGAAGAGAAUUCGAACCAUAUCUUCUUCACCUGCGUGUCCGCGCAGUUUCUAUGA